GUGUGCCGCCUCCUCUUCAUUACAACCUCCCCAUGCUCUCCUUGGCUUUCUUCACACCAUUGCCAUCUCCAAACAAACCUUAGCGAAACAAACACCCAAAUCAAUCAUCCUAGGAAUUUUACACGUGUCUCCAGGCAUGAAGAUUCCCUGUUGUUCUUUUUGUACUUGUUUCUCAGCAUCGGUCAAAGAUCAAGAAACUAAGCACGAAGAGCCAGGUGAAGAUGACGAUGGAAACUUUCGCAUAUUCACUUACAGAGAAUUGAAUUCUGCCACGCGGGGUUUUCAUCCCUCGGAAAAGAUUGGAGAAGGAGGCUUUGGCUCUGUCUAUAAGGGGCAGCUUCGGGAUGGAAGUUUGGUGGCUGUUAAAGUGCUUUCGAUUGAGCUGGAUUCCGUAAAAGGAGAGAUGGGUUUUGUGGCAGAAUUGAAUACACUUGCAAAUGUGAAGCACCAAAAUCUAGUUAUUCUUCGAGGGUGUUGUGUUGAAGGAGCCCACAGAUACAUAGUCUACGAUUAUAUGGAAAACAAUAGCCUUCGUCACACUUUCUUAGGUUCUGAGCAAAAAAGAAUGACAUUCAGCUGGGAGGCUCGGAGAGAUGUAUCAGUUGGUGUGGCCAGAGUGCUUGCCUUUCUUCAUGAGGAGCUUCAACCCCAUAUUGUGCACAGAGAUAUCAAAUCCAGCAAUGUUCUUCUUGAUGGAAAUUUCACACCAAAAGUCUCAGAUUUUGGCCUGGCCAAGCUGUUAAGAGAUGAAAAAUCCCACAUCAGUACACAAGUUGCAGGCACAUUAGGUUAUCUUGCUCCUGAAUAUGCCAGUUCUGGCCACCUGACACGAAAAUCAGAUGUUUAUAGUUUUGGAGUACUGCUUCUAGAAAUUGUGAGUGGCCAAAGAGCAGUAGAUGAUCAUGAAGGUGCGGAUCGUUUUAUAGUUGAGAAGUCCUGGGCAGCGUACGAGGAAAAAGAUCUUUUGAGAAUGGUGGAUCCAAUGCUGAAGAUGAACUAUCACAUGGAAGAAGCUAAACGGUUCCUAAUGGUGGGACUUUGUUGCGUGCAAGAAACGGCCAGGGUGAGGCCACGAAUGUCAGAGGUUGUAGACAUGUUGAGCAAAAACAUUGAGAUGGAGGAGUUUCAAGUUUCACGACCAGGAUUUGUGAAUGAUAUGAGGAACGCCAGAACGAGGAGGCAAGUAAAUUCAUCGGAGGAAUCAAGUGCUAGUGCAGCAGCAUCCUUUGCAGAUUCCUCCGGAUGGAGUACCUCCAAUCUUGCUCGUUAGAUUUCAAGGAUGCAUGCUUAGGUUGCUCUGUAGAAACAUAAAUCAUUAACUGUGUUUAAGAUUCAUCAUAGUUUUUCUCAAGUGGUUACAAUCAUCAAUUUUUUUUCCUGCAUAUAUGUAACAUGACUUUUCUCUUUGGAAAAUAUUUUAUACAUAUCUGAAUGAGACAAUAGAAAGAUGUAACAAGAAAGAAGUGAGAGAUAGAGAUAGUUACAUUUACUUCCACAUGUAACUUUUUUG